CCGGGCCCCCGCGCGGGGGGCUCCCGCGGCAUGUCUAAGGCGAAGAGCUCGGAGGCCGUGAAGGUGGUGGUCCGCUGCCGGCCGGCCUCCAGCAAGGAGCGGGCCGCCGGCCACGCCCAGGUGGUGGCCGUGGACUCCAAGCUGGGGCAGGUUUCGGUGCGGAGCCCCCGGGCCCCCCACGAGGCCCCCAAGACCUUCACCUUCGACGCGGUCUACGACUGGACGGCCAAGCAGCUGGACCUCUACGACGAGGCCUUCCGGCCGCUGGUGGACUCGGUCCUCGGGGGCUUCAACGGCACCAUCUUCGCCUACGGGCAGACGGGCACGGGGAAGACGUACACCAUGGAGGGGGUCCGCGGGGACCCCGAGCGGCGCGGGGUGAUCCCCAACUCCUUCGAGCACAUCUUCACCCACAUCUCGCGGUCGCAGAACCAGCAGUACCUGGUCCGGGCCUCCUACCUGGAGAUCUACCGGGAGGAGAUCCGCGACCUGCUGGGGAAGGACCAGGCCCGGCGGCUGGAGCUGAAGGAGAGGCCGGACACCGGGGUCUUCGUCCGGGACCUGUCGUCCUUCGUCACCAAGAGCGUGCGGGAGAUCGAGCACGUCAUGCAGGUGGGCAACCGCAACCGCUCGGUGGGGGCCACGCACAUGAACGAGCACAGCUCCCGCUCCCACGCCAUCUUCGUCAUCACCGUGGAGUGCAGCGAGACCGGGCCGGACGGCGAGAACCACAUCCGCGUGGGCAAGCUCAACCUGGUGGACCUGGCCGGCAGCGAGCGGCAGGCCAAGACCGGGGCCCGCGGCGAGCAGCUCAAGGAGGCCACCAAGAUCAACCUGUCGCUGUCGGCCCUGGGCAACGUCAUCUCGGCCCUGGUGGACGGGCGGACCACCCACGUGCCCUACCGCGACUCCAAGCUCACCCGCCUGCUGCAGGACUCGCUCGGCGGCAACGCCAAGACCGUCAUGGUGGCCAACGUGGGGCCCGCCUCCUACAACGUGGAGGAGACCCUCACCACCCUGCGUUACGCCAACCGGGCCAAGAACAUCAAGAACAAGCCCCGCGUCAACGAGGACCCCAAGGACGCCCUCCUCCGCGAGUUCCAGGAGGAGAUCGCCCGCCUCAAGGCCCAGCUGGAGCGGAGGUCCGUGGGCAAGCGGGAGAGGAGGGCCAGGAGGGGCGGCGAGGAGGGCGACCCCGACGGGGACGACGAGGACGACGACGAGGAGGAGGACGGCGCCGGCGGGGCGGGCCGGGACGCCGAGGAGUACUGGAGGGCCCAGCGGGAGAAGCUCGAGGCCGAGAGGAAGGCCAUAGCCGGGGACCACAGCCUGGUCGCCGAGGACCGGAUGAGGCUCCUGAAGGAGAAGGAGAAGAAGGCCGAGGACCUGCAGAGGGAGAAGGACGCGGCCGAGAUGCUGGGGGCCAAGAUCAAGGCGAUGGAGAGCAAACUUCUGGUCGGCGGGAAGAACAUCAUCGACCACACCAACGAGCAGCAGAAAGUCCUGGAGCAGAAGCGGCAGGAGAUCGCCGAGCAGAAACGCCGGGAGCGGGAAAUCCAGCAGCAGGUUGAGAUCCGGGACGAGGAGACCCUGGAGCUGAGGGAGACCUACAGCUCUCUGCAGCAGGAGGUGGACAUCAAGACCAAAAAGCUCAAAAAGCUGUUUUCGAAGCUGCAGGCGGUGAAGGUAGAAAUCCACGACCUGCAAGAGGCGCACAUCAAAGAGCGACAGGAACUCGAGCAGACGCAAAACGAGCUCACCCGGGAGCUCAAGCUCAAGCAUCUCAUCAUAGAGAACUUCAUUCCCCUGGAAGAGAAAUCCAAGAUCAUGAACAGAUCCUACUUCGACGAAGAGGAAGACCAGUGGAAAUUGCAUCCCAUCACCCGGCUGGACAACCAGCAGAUGAUGAGGCGGCCCGUGUCCGCCGUGGGAUCCAAGCGGCCUCUCAGCCAACACGCCAAGACGUCCAUGAUGACGUGUGCCGAGGCCCGGUACCGGGCGGAGAACAUCGUGCUGCUGGAGCUGGACAUGCCGAGCCGGACCACCCGCGACUACGAAGGGCCCACCGUCUCCCCCAAAGUCCAGGCGGCCCUGGAGGCCGCCCUGCAGGAGGAGGGCGAGAUCCAAGUGGACGCCUCCGGCCUGGCCGGCUCCCUCACCAAGAAGCCCAAGGCCCGGCCGAAGAUGGUCCGGAAGCCCGCGGCCUCCUCGCUCUCCUCGGGAACGUCCGCCGGAUCUCUGCUCUACCCGCAAUCCCGGGGCCUGGUACCCAAAUAGAGCCGGGACCCCUCCCUCCCCGCCCCCCGCCUCCUCGGCCCCUCCGCGUCGCCGACCGACGGACCCGGGCCCCCUCCCCGCCCCCCCAACCCGCCUUCAGCCGGAAGGGCGUCUGGAGGCCGUCCUCCCUCCCCUCACCGCCCCGGCCAUCUUAGCCAGAGACCCGGAGCGGCCGGGGAAAGUCCGGGGUCCCCCCCGUCCCCAUCCCCUCCGUCCCCCUCCCGUUCCUGGCUGUCGGUGGGGGCGGCCGGGGAGGGCGGCGGUGGGGACGCGGGCCGACGGACCCUCCCCCAAAGCCCCGGGGCUCGAGGCGGACGUCCCCGAUAAAGGCGCCCGUGGCCCGGCGGGACGGGGAGUGAAUCGUGGGGUCGGAUGUGGGCCCGAUCCGACGGUCCUCUGGUGGUUCUCGGUCCGGACCGGCGGGAAGAUCCGGGCUGGAACCGGGUGCGGGGGGAGGCCCCGGGGUCACCGGGUCGCGGAUGGGCGACGGGCCUCUCGUCAGGAAGCCCCUCGGACGCCAUCCGCCCUCGUGGGCCGUCAGAGGGGAGCGAGGCGCUAACGCCCCCUCCCCCAACCCCGCGCCGGCCCUCAACUUCACGCUGCGUCCCCUCCCCCCGGCCCCCCGCCUGGUCACCCCCUCUCCCGCCACCCCUCCGGGGGCUGGGGGAGCCGAAGGGUCUGGUCCUCCUCCUCCUCCUCCUCCUCCCCGCCCUCCGGUGGCGCGGAAGCGAUGAGAGCCGAAGGGAGGCGGCGGGGCCGCGGUUCGAGGGUGAUGCCGUUUCGGGGGGGACGUCUGGAGGGGGGCGGGCCGGUUCGCGCCCCUUCCCCAACCGUCCCUCCCAGAAGCAGGCCCCGUCGAGACCCCCGAGGCCGAGGAAAACCAGGCCGGGGAACGGACGCGGCCAAGCUCCUGCCGGGGAGCCAGGUUUCACGGGCCGGUGGGUUUUGCGGGGGGCCGGUGGCGGGGACCGACCCCGGGGGAGAAGGGAAGCGCCCACGCCCACCCCCGGCCGUUCCGCUAGUAGUUCCGUUGGUAAGUUUCAGUUGGAUGUGGAUUGAGAUUUCUCGGUUUUAAAUUCCCCGGGCCGGUUCACGACGUCGCCCGUCUCCCGCCACCGCCCCCGGCGGGUGAGCGCGGCGUGCGGGGCGGCGUGCCAACCGGCGGGCAUCGGUCUGGCCUCGAGGUCCGCGGCGGGCGCCUCGUGUCCCAGUGAGACGUCCCUUCGGCGACGCCCUCCGGGCCCCGGGAGGACCGUCGUCGACGGAAGACCCCCCCCGCCGCCGGCCCAUGCCCGCUGAGGGGACCCGGCUCUCUCUCCGGCUUCUGGCCCGACCCCCGGCCCCGGGGGAGCGGGCGGAGACGCGGAGAGUUUCCUCCUCCACCGUCGAGUCGCGCGGGCCGCCGCUUCUAACACCGUGCUUUGCGGCAGGUCCUGCCUUCCCCUCUCUUCUCCCCGGGGGAAGCGACACCCCCAGUUUCCGGCCUCCCGGAGGCGGGAAUCUCGCGGAGCACGUGCGGGACGGGGAGGGGGUGGGAGAAACCUAAGACCCCCCCCCCCCCCCCUCAGGUCCCACCCCGCCCUGUGGGACACCCGGGGGGUCCGGGGACACCCGGGGACGAGGAGGAAGCGGGGAGACGGACGGAAGAGAGACCGAGCGUCGAUCCUCUCCCGCCUCGGGCCUCGACCCGCCCUCCCUCCCCGCCCCUCCGUCCAUCUCGACCGGGACGCGGGCCGGGACCCAGAUCCGAGCCCUGACGUCAGGAAUCCCGGGAAUAAAAGCACUUUCUAGAAAUCUCAAA